AAUAAAAAAAAUAACUUUAGAAAAUUAGAAAUUGCUCAAAUGACGUAACGUCACUUUGAUGGUUGGAAACGAGUGAAACUCCGUCAUGGGUCGAGGUCAUGGGUCGAGAAAAACAAACGAGAUGGCACGAGAUUGCAAAUUUAAUUUGCGACAUACGAAAUCUGUGAAACCACGGUGAAACCGGUUGGUGUACGAGUACGUCUAACUCAGGUAAUGCAUUUAAUACCUUCAUUGUGUAAUGUGAUACAAACAAAACAUAGUUGUAUUGUUUUUAAUACUUAGUAAGUUAUAAAAUUAUAUUGUCGGUAGCGUAUUGAAGUAUACUUUAUAGUUGUGAGAUAUUCUGGCGUUCUGCCGAAGUACACAAUAUAUGAUAUUAAAUAGUUGUCCCGUGAUGGCGGUCCGUCUUAUGACUUGCAAUCUGGUAAAAACUGAUAGAAAUAAUAUAAUAGUUUUCUAUAUUGUUAUUACGUAGAUCACAAAUUUAUGUUGGUAAAAGAAUCCUUUAAAUAUGUACAUGUCAACAGAUAAAGUGUACUUGGGGGUUGCGUGUGCUUGCAGGUGCCGUGAUGUUUUAUACAAUUAAUUACUCUAUAUACGUAUUUGAGGCAUGAUACGACUACAAAGUUAGAAAUAUUUCACUAUUCUAACACACAAGAGUUGACUAUGUAUAACACGAAUUUAUGAUAAGACAAUUAUUGCAUGCAAAUUAAUUUAACAACAUUGUUGUGAUUGACAAAAGAGGUAUGGGAUUUUGACAAGCUACUAUUGUUCCGGCGCUGGAACCCUGCUGCGUGAUAUAUAUAAAUGCAAUGUUUAUAAUCAUUGCAAUAAUGUGAUUACAGUAAAAACAGCUAUAAAUGUCACGCAAGUCAUGCGUGAUAUUAUCGCUUGCACAUGGUUGUUUUAAAAUUGUUCUAUUUAAUGUUAUUAUUUCAGUUAUGUAUUUUGUAAGGUGAUAUUUGCAUGUCCCAACAGGUACAAUUGCAUAACCUCGUGACGUCUUCUUAACAAUCCGGCCUUGACGUCCAAUAAACAAUCGAUAAACGAUAAUUAAUAGCCUUACUUAGAUAAUUAAUAAACUAUCGAUCAACGCUAUAAUUUAGCCUCAUUCGGACACUCGAGGUCCCACGCAAAAGCUGCGUUGAUAGCAAUAGUUGUUUUUGACGUCGCGGUUACUGAGCCCGUAAAUUAUAGAUAGAUAAAAAAAUGACAACCCACGGGUUGAAUUACGCUUCUAACUUUACAAUAAAUAUUUACUUUAUCUAAAAUACAUUGUAGAAUUAUGUUGUAUAAAACUAUUUUUAAACUGAUCUAUUCCGAUUCGUCCUACUAAUAGAAACGUUAAAAAUGUUCUCUUUCCUCAUAUUAUAAUUUGAAAAGUGCUUACUUGGUAGUAAUUGGUAGUAAUUGGUAGCCUAAAGCUUAUGACUUUCGUCAUUUGCAAUGUCGUGAAAUAGUUUAGCAUCCUCGUACCCAGGGUCUUUUUGGGGGUAGUUUAGUAGUUAGAAUUUGUCUUCUAUUAAGUAAUGAGUCAACUCCCGCUUCUACCAAAGCUUCUGCGUAAGGUAACGUUGGGAAGAUGAUAUGAAGGGCUCGCUUCUGUAACUUCUCCGGAUCUUCGCAUAGGUAAUUGGGUAAGGAGUCGUGGAAAACUGGACAAGCGUAUUCCAUCACAGGACGCACACAGGUCAGGUAAAAUGUUAGUAAAUCCUUUGUACAGAUUUUUGUUCUUUUUAGUUGACAAAGAAAGAAUAGUCUUGUUGAAACUUUCUUCACAAUCUCUGAGAUGUGGGUAUUCCAUUUAAGAUCGUUCGUAACUCGCAUGCCCAAUAUUGUCAGUUGCAGAAGGGACAACUUCGAUCGGCCUAUUAUUAACAUACACGAAUGUAAACGUACGCCCAGGUCUUACAAAGGUAAUUUGAAGCUCUUUGCAUUUCUCUUCGUUUAACUGAAAUUUAUUUACAGUUAAUUUCCUUGUAAACUCGUCUACCAACGAUUGGAUAUGCUACUAGCUUCAUGUUUAAGGACAGUCUCGGACAUUGUAGUAUCGUCCACAUACUUCCAUAAAUCUAUAUCCGCUACUUCUAGCUAGGUCAUUUAUCAUUAUAGCAAAAAGCCAAGGACCCAAUUUAGUCCCUUGGGGCACGCCUGCCGGAACCAAACCCCAUUCAGAAUAACAAUCUUGGCUUAACUUGACGCGCUGUUUACGGUCUUUGAGAACAUUAACGAUCCACCCAAUGAUUCGCUUUGGUAUUUCGAAGGUAGUAAGCUUGUCUACGAGAAUUAUACCAUGAUCAAUUAAGUCAAAGGCUUUUUCAGUUGAAAUGAAAAAGAACGACCCACACCAUAGAACCGCUUCCGUCCGUUUGGUUUUUUCUACUUAUGUAUCAUGCUUAUUAGUGCAUGAGUCGUUGAUGAUUUGGGAGUCGCCCAAAUUGAUUUCUGUCAAUCUUUCUAAGGACAGCAGGUUUAACAAAAUUUUCGACAACGAAAUCCUCCGCCACCUUUGAUACAACAGAUGUCAAUGAAAUGAGGGCGUAGGUGCUUAUUCACGUCUUUUACAGGUUUCUGCUUUGGAAGAGGGACAAUAUCCGCUUCUUUCCAAGACUGCGGAAGAUAGCUAUCUCUAUACGAAAGGUUCAAAAUCUUUUUUACAGGAUCGGCCAGUAGAUCAGCAUUUUCCUUCAGAACCCAGCUGGGUAUCCCAUCUGGACCAUUGGCCUUGGCUGAUUCACUUUUGACAAUUUCAUAAAAUCCUCCUCCGUAACCGUAAAAGGAGGUUCAUCGCUGCCGAAAUCUGUACAAGCGAAAAAGUCACUCGCUAAAGGGGAGAAGUCACUCAUGGGAAGAAAAGAAGAAUUUUUCUUUCUCCCAUGAGGAUUGUGAAGUCGCUCAUGGGAGAAAGAAAAAUUCCAUUGAUAAUAUAUUGGCAAGAUGUUUGGUACUAGUAGCCGUCUCAGAUUUUCUAGCGCGGCUUAUACACCUCAUUUUUGGAGUUGAAAGCUGAGUUCAUUACACUCAAUUUCUUGACUUCUCUUCACCAGUCGGAUGAUUUGCAACUUUUUAGAUGUUUGACCUUCGCGCUUCGCUCCCGAUUCACGCAAUUACGGAGCCGUUUGAAUUCUUGAAAACUUCCACUAUUCAAAGCUUUUUGUCGUUUUCGUUUAUAGUGACUGUUGUAAAUGUUUUCCAGUAGUUUAGCGUGAUCAAGUGAGAUUAUUAUAUGGCAAACAUCACUUCUGGUAAAAUGGCAGACUGUGAUUGGCUGAGAAGCACGUUCAGCGGCCAUUAUUUUCCAGUCACGGACCGGCGGUCCAAUACGUAAAAACAAACGCGUGCAUUUAAAACAAAACAGCGAAACUAAUUAAAAAUUUGAAAAUUAUAAUUUAAUUUUUUAUUAAUAUUAAGAUGUCUGAGAAUGGUUUUAAGUGGAAAGGAGGGAAUACGUUGGUGGAUGUGAUCGAGUAAAUAAGUUAUGAAUUCUCUGAGUAUAUGUACCCUCAUCUAAACAUUUCUAACUCGUUCACAUACACCAGGAGAAGACAAUCGCAGUAAAAAUUGCAAGUGUAAACGGGCCUUUAGGUUUUUUAAUGGACCCAGAAGUAUCCCAUAAUACAGUCCACUGUGGUCCACUGUGCAUUCCAGACGACCUCUGUUUUGAAAAUUGCGUGACGUAAGCACUUCUAAGGUCUAUAGACAGUGCUGCAUGUUUUCCAUCAUUUCACUCUUUUUAAUUGCGAGUGUUGGCUCGACGUUUAUAUAUUAUAAACGACUUGAUUGAAGUAUAUAGUGAAUUUUCUUUCAUUACAACAGGGCUGAUGUAGGCAGGCAGGAUUGCAGUACAACAACUUCCGAUGAAAUAUUAAAAUCUUUGUCUUUCACGCUGCAGUGUUCCCAAUUUUGUGGCAGGUGUCCGCUGACAAUAUGAACAUGUACUAUUAGUGGAUGUAAAUUCGUUAGAUCACCAACGUGUACAAUUAAAUUAUUUUAAACUCAAUUUUAAAAAAAUAAAUAAAUUUCAGAAACCUUCAAAAAUAGGUAUAUGAGUGUGCCAACAGACCUAUGAAAUAUAGGUUUGUCGUAGUAAUAAUGAAUAUUUCUGUGAGCCGUUUUCUACUGGAAGUUAUUAUCAUGUAUAACUUUGAUCUUAUUUGUUUCUUUUUAGGAUCUGAAGUGUGGUGUGCGCAUGUCCUAUUUCUUCUAAAAAUUAUCAUCUUAGGAGUAAUCAAAUAAUUGGUAGAAAUGUACUCGUGUCUUAUCUUCAUAACGGUUGUGUUUUUACCGUUCACCACAUCAGCAGGUGCAGGUAUAUGUGUAUCAGAUGAUGGUACAAACAGUACAUGCCGGGCAGCUUGCUUAAAACAACCAUGUGACACCAAGUGGAGCUGUAAUGGCACCUUGUUGAGCACCUGUGAACAAUCAUGUUACCACAAUUCAUGUACUCAGUUAGCAUGUGAUGAAACGACGCAGAAAUGUGUACAAUAUUGUAGUGGAUGUCAAACCAUGAAAUGCAAUUCAUCAGAUUGUGACCAAUCUUGUACAGCUGGAUUUUGUCAUGACAUGAGAUGUAAUGCUGCUCACUCUUGUCAACAAUCAUGUCACCACUGUCGUCACCAGCGAUGCUAUGAUAGCACGACUUGCACACAAAGAUGUCUCAAGUCAGAUUGUUCUUUGGAAUGUGUGCAAUCUCAGACCUGUCUGCAAUACUGUCACGGAAAUGGUUGUCUAGCAAGUUGUCUUGGUAACAAAGAUUAUUGUUCCCAGACUUGUCAACCCAAAGCAAAUUGCACACACUUAAUUUGUGAUUCAAAAUUUUGUUCACAGACAUGCGCUAAUAAUUCCAUGUGUGCUUUACUUCGUUGCGAUGGUGACCACUGUAGGCAGGAGACUUAUGUUGAAAAAUCCAAACUCGAAUGUUUAUCUAGUGACUGUCGUGAACAGGUAUCUCAUGUUUCAAACACAGUUUUAUCAUGUGAUAAUAUUAACGGUUUCUGUAUACAAAAAUCUUUUGGAAGUGGAUGCGUGAUGUCAUGUGGUACAAACGUGAAAACAUGUGAACAAGAUUGCUAUGGGGGUGAUUGUAACAUGAGCUGUGCACGUGGUGUGGAGACAUGUACGAUGAAGUGUCCCGGUGGUAACUGUACAUUCUCUUGUCAGGCAAAGGAUUGUUUAUUGUCGUGUAAAAACAACGAGUGCAAAAAUACCCAAAGUGAGACGAAAGAUACUCGUGACACUCGUAAAGAGUGCGACAACUCUUGCAAUAAACGUCCAUUUCAUCCCGUUUUACUUUUGAUCUUUACUACAUUCACAAGUCUUUCUUCGGUAUAUUGGUAAUUUUUUCUAUAUAUGUAGCAUCCACAGAUGUACGUAUGUAUAUAUGGUGUAACAUUAAUAUUACAUUUUAAUUAAAGGAAAAUGGCAUAAAAAAUUAUGUUUGGCUAAUUACUUACAAUUAAUUAAAUUAAAUAACGUCACAAUUGCAACCAGAGUAGACGUUUUAGAACUUGAAAAAAUAAUACCAAGGGAAAGCUUAUAUAUAUCUUGUGCUUUAAUUUAAAAUGGACAGGAGUUAAAAAAUAGGAUUUAGCUGAUUAAAAUAACCAUUGAAUUGUUCAAGGUAUAAAAUAAUUUUACCCCAGUUGUGACGUCACGUAUAUCCAACGAUGGAUAUGAGGUAAACUUAAUUUUUAUUGCCAUAUCUCUUUAAUUAAAAUGAAUGAAAUAAGUCGUUCGCGUUCAAGUUAAUUAUUGCUCUUCUGGUAGAAACUGUGCAUUCUCGAGUGAAACAAAGCAGUGUUUAUUAUCAUGUGAAUGAAACAAUAUAACGAAAUAGAACUGGAACAUAUCUAUCAAUAAACUUUCAUUCCUUUCAGUUAUAUUUCCUAAUUUCUUCAUAUUAUAUAUUAGUAUUUUUCAACAUAUCAGUAGUACCUAUAGUACAGGAUAUAUGUAUUUAUACGGUGUAACAUUAAUAUUACAUUUCAAUUAAAAUCAAUUAAAUAUUAAGUCGUUCGCGUUGCU